AAGAGACCUAACCAAGUCCAGCCCAGCGGAAGGAACGGUUUCUGAGUGGUGUUCUUCUCUGAUAAAGGAACCCUUCCCUGUUCCUGCUUUUAUUCUCUUUGAUGUCUGACGAAACAGCUCCCGCUGGAGACAAUUUAGAGUGACUGGUAAAAGGAAAUAAGCUCACAGCAACAAAAAGAAUGCGAUUCCUUCUGGACGUCCUCCUGCUUCUGCCCUUACUGCUCAUCUUCACCUUAGAGUCUCUCCUGAAGCUUUUUAUUCCUAAGAAGAGAAAAUCAGUCACCGGAGAAAUCGUCCUGAUUACUGGAGCUGGGCAUGGAAUUGGGAGGCUGACUGCCUUUGAAUUUGCCAAACUUAAAUGCAGACUGGUCCUGUGGGAUAUAAAUAAGCAUGGACUUGAGGAAACAGCUGAUGAAUGCAAGCGACUGGGCUCAAAGGCCCAUGCCUUCGUGGUAGACUGCAGUGACCGCGAAGAUAUCUACAGCUCUGCGAAGAAGGUGAAGGCAGAAGUUGGAGACGUUAGUAUUUUAGUAAAUAACGCUGGUGUAGUCUACACAUCAGAUUUGUUUGCUACACAAGACCCUCAGAUUGAAAAGACUUUUGAAGUUAAUAUACUUGCACAUUUCUGGACUACAAAGGCAUUUCUUCCAGCGAUGAUGAAGCAUAAUCAUGGCCAUAUUGUCACUGUGGCUUCAGCAGCUGGGCAUACUGGGGUCCCCUUCUUACUGGCUUAUUGUUCAAGCAAGUUUGCUGCUGUUGGAUUUCAUAAAGCUUUGACUGAAGAACUGGCUGCCUUAAAAAGAACUGGAGUCAAAACAACAUGUCUCUGCCCUAAUUUCAUAAACACUGGCUUCAUCAAAAACCCAAGUACCAGUUUGGGACCCGCCCUGGAACCUGAGGAAGUGGUGAAUAGGCUAAUAAACGGGAUCCUGACUGAGCAGAAAAUGAUCUUUAUUCCAUCUUCUAUAAACUUUUUAACCGUGAUAGAAAGGGUCCUUCCUGAGCGUUUCUUGGCAGUUUUAAGACGAAAGAUCGAUGUUAGGUUUGAUGCAGUUAUUGGUUAUAAAGUUAAUGAACAAUGAGUGCUUGGUUUUUUAAAAAUUGAUUUACUAAGCUUAAGUUGAUUUCAUCUAAUAUUAAUCAGAAUUUUGAUGUUUGGACUUCUGCUUUUCCUAAUUAUAUAUUUUUUUUCUUCAAAACUACCUUUUGAGGCUCUGGCAGGUCCUAAUUUCAGAGAAUAUAUAGAAAUAUCUUGGGAACUGAUCUUAUGGAAAAACACAGAGAAAAGAAAAACAGUUUUACAGUAAAUAAGCUCCAAGAUUUUGUGGCUCAUCUGAAGGCUUUGCAAAGUUUGUACUACAAAUAUUUGAUAUAUUUUUAUUUUUAACUACGCUUAAAUUUUGUAUAAUUCACAUGUUUCCUUUUCUGGUCUGUAUAAAAACAGAAACUUCAAGCUAGCUAAAUAUAAUGAAGGACUGUCUAGUGGCAUUUCAUGUCGAGUUCCUGUGAUGCGCAAACAUUUCAUCCUACUCACUCUACCCUGUUUCCUGAGAAAUCACUUACAUUCCAGUGCCAGACAUUUCAGCGCAAGGAAACCAGGGACGAACAUAUGUUGCACAUACAAAAGCACCACUGGGACUUGAGACAGAAAAUUGGGAGAGUGUACCCAUAAGUGGCAACAAUAAUAAAUGGAUCAAACUUAAA